AUUAGUAUCUAACUGCUCUUUAAUGGAAUUACUAUCUCGUAUAACAUUUUUACCCCUUAACGAAUCUAUAAAGCAGUUCUUAUAAAAAAUUAUUAAUAUCCAAUUCAAAUUAACCAACUAUGGACGAGGAAGGAAAAACAGAAACUUUCGAUGAUGUUUUACCUGAUGAAAGACAAUUACCCGAAGUUCAAACAGUUGACACUAAAGAAACUACUGAAGAAUAUUGCCAACCUCAUCCUCCGUCUAGGAAAAAGCGAGAUACCCUUCCAAGGGAAAAUCCGUUUAAUCAAGCGGUAAGAGAGAGCUGGCCGGCCUCGAAAGUGGAUGAAAUACAGUUAGAUAUUGAUACUGGUAAAUUGCUACAGCCUGUUAUUGCGCUAGGUUUUGACGAUAUUUUUGUACAACCCGAACCCUUAAAGUAA